GGGCGUCUUUCUCUUGCUGUGCCUUUGUCUGUUUUUGUGGGCCUGACUGAUGCACAUUUGCUUUAAGUUUUUGAAGUUGUCACCUGCAUUGGAAACGUUGGAAGAGGGCCUGAUGCGCAACUCGUAGGUGACUGUUUUGCAGGCUGAAAUGACAUUUCACAGCUGGAUGCCAAACCCGAUCACGACGUUCCAUCCCCUCCACUCGAUUUGAGUGAAGAUGAUUCGCAUUCGUAAUCCCCACCACGUACCUUUUCUCCAUCAGACGGAGCAGCUCCGAGAGGCGGGGACCCUUUGCGACACCCUUCUCACCGUGGAGGGCCGUUCGUUCAAAGCACACGCUCUCAUCCUUGCUUUGGCCAGCAAAAGACUGCAGCGUCAAUUAACAAGUCAGCACGGUUCAGCGCCGAAGUACAGCUGCGCUAUAGAAAGCGUCUCUUCUCACACCUUCAAGCAGAUCCUGGACUAUGUGUACAGUGAAUCGGUGGAGGUGCCCAAAGAUGAUCUGACCGAGCUUUUGAAGGGCGCUCAGUACCUGGAGGUGGAAUCUUUGGUAGAGCAGUGCCAAGCACAACUUAGGAGACCGAAGUCUCCUACCGAGAAACUCAUUUCACUCCAAGAUGACAAAAUGUACGAUCAUCUGUCGAAAAAAAGCCAGACGUUGGAUGAAGACCACCAAGACUGUAUAUCUAUAGAAGAAGAAAGCUCAGAUAAAGAUGACGGGAACAUGAAGAAAAAAAGUUGUUCUCCGGUGUCUCCACAGGUUCUCGGUUCUUCCAGAGAGACCAGCAUUUCGUCCACGACUCUGUCUCCAUCCCAACGCCUCUGCUGGCCACCGGUUAGCCCGUCUCGAAACGUGGUGUUCAACUGCAGAGAAUUCAUGACCUUUCACUCUCUCCGCGCCUCCCAGCACAUGUUGACGUAUCCCUACCCGUCACCCAUGUACCCCAUUCUCCCUCGCUCGCUGCAUCCUCAGGUGCCCUCUUCAGUCAUGGGUUACACAGGGAUGUUUCACCCCUAUCACAGUCUCAUUCACUCACCUUCAAUGACUCAAGACAACCCCUUCAUGCAGGGCCUAAGGGGAAAGAGCGCCUCUGUCAAUGCGGUUUUAACAAGAUCCAUGCCGGAGGAUCAAGAAAGGAAGCCAAAAGUACAAGAGGAGAGGGAGAUAUGUUGCAGAUACUGUGGUAAACCGGCGCUGGAAAACCCCUGGAGGUCGAUGAACGGGCCGUCAGCUUCAGCAGGUUCAGAUGAGAUGACUUUCCGGUGUAAAUUUUGCGGGCGAGGUGGACGGGAUAAGAGAUCACUGCGUUCACUCAGGAAGGGUAUUGGAGGAGAGAAGCCAUACCAGUGUAAACAGUGUACCAAAAGGUUCAGUCUGAAGCACCAGCUGGACACACAUCACAGAGUACACACAGGUGAGAAACCAUUCGAGUGUCGGCUGUGUGGCCAGCGUUCACGCGACUACUCAGCUAUGAUAAAGCACCUGCGAACACACGGCGGUGCCACUCCAUACCAGUGCACACUAUGUCUGGAGUUUUGUAGUAGCCUGGCAGCCAUGCAGAAACAUCUGAAGAAUCACCCAUCCCAGGAUUUCCCACCAGACUGGAGUCUGAGCAGCACGUAUCUAUAUAACUGUCAUACCUGACGCUCACAUCUGCGUCGACGAUGACGAAUGAGAUCUGGGGUUUAUGUGAAAAUUAAUUUUUCUAUGCAGCUUUGAAAUUAUGAAUAAUUUCUAUAAACCAAUGUUAAAAUUCCAAGCCAUAACAUAAAUAUUAUAAUAUAUAUAUUUAUAUAUACCUAAUAUAUACAUGUAUACAUUACAGGAGUCACCAGUGAUGGAUUACAAUGUGGUAGCUGGUAAUUUGCCAUACUUUAAAAUGUAAUUUCAAUAAACUUUGUUUAUUUAUUGAGCUGACAAAAUUGAUGCCAUUAAUUAAUCUGAGUGAUUUUGCAUACAAUCUUUUAAUAAAAGCAUUAUAUUGUGAUUAAAAUGCAAUGUUCAUUGCAAUCAUUGAAGCGGUUUUGUUUAAAGCUCUGCAAAUGAGAAUCUCAGGUCCCAGAUGAAGUCGAGAUCUUUGACUUCUUGAACUUCCUCUUUUAUUGCUACAGUCUUUGCGCAGCUCUGUGCACUUUAUAGUUAAAGUCAAGCAAACAUAAAAAGACAUUUGUAGUGGUGCUAGAAAGACAAUAAGUAUCAUCGAGUGUUUUGUCAGCAUAUGAAAGCAAGAGUAUUUAACUAGUUAUAAAUUAAUGGUUUGUGCUUUCCAGUAAUUUAUAAUUGUAAUUAAUGCAAAAUAAGUCAAUAAAACAUGAAU